AAGUUAUCAAAAUACCAUUUGCUGCAAUUCAACAGCAGGAAAUCAUGAAUCAUAUCCUUAUCUUUGGUUUCCUCUUGGCUUUUGCUGUGAGCGUGGCCACGAAGACUGCCCAAGAAGUGUCCGCCACGGACAUUUCUCUCUUGUGGGACAAUUGCAACUCUGAAAUCGAAAUAGGGACUCUGGUUGUGCAUUCCGGACAUCCUUGGCGACCCAUCUUCUCCCGGCACAACCUUCGCGGCUGCCACAUUCGCCUCAGGCGCCACACUUUCCUCUGGAUCUCGGCAGAUUACGUCCAAAUGUCCAACAAAUUGACCGCCCAACAUCAUCUCUACUUGCGCAGAGUGCAGGACGACACGCUGAACAUGGUGCAUCCAAUAGCUCCGCAAUUCCCCAAUGAGAACUUCCUGAAGAGACUAAUCCUCAUAGAAAUGACGCCGAAGAAUCUGCAGCGCGUUGUCAGGAUAACCAAGCGCAAGAAGUACAGAAGAAUAUUGCACAAGCAGACGAAAUACUUGGAUUAUCAAACCAUCGAACAGAACAUCACCUUGAAUGACUACAGACGCACUUGCCUGAACUUCGGAGGAUAUACGCAAUUGCAGGCCACGGAGCGUAUUGACAGCGAGGACUUGCGUAGCUCGCUGUGCUUCAAACAGCACAAGACUAUCGUCCUUCCCGCAUUUCAGGACUCCGGGAAGGACUGCCAGUUGUCCGGACAGAGGGAAACUGUGAUCAUUAGGGCUGAGGUGGAAGUGACUCUGCAGAGCAGCGAUGGUCUGUCCUUCCCAAUCACCCUUCAUGCCCUCGUAAUCGAGGACAGAAUCGCCAAAGACACCAUCAAACCACUACUCUAA